AAGUUGGCAACUUGGCUUUUCUUGCAGUUCCCUCGGCUAUCAUCGCCUCUACUCUCUCCUAUCACAGCUCAGAGAAGACCCAAAUACAACAAGAAGAAAACUAGUCUUCUCCAACUCUCUCCUCGACGCGCUUCCUCUCCGAGGCUCCGCCGCCUACUUGUACUUUGCUCUUCCGCCCCUCGACGGCGGCUCGCCUCCUGCCGCCGCCGCCGCCCCUCCGGACUCUGCCGCCGGCCGCCUUCUGGAACAGCAGAGGUAAAGAAAAAUCCCUUCUUGCGGUGGUUUCUGGGGCAGAUCUGAGAGCGAAAAGGUCUCGCCUUUUUUCUCCGAUGGCUUCUUCCCCCUCCUCCCCCUCCCCCUCCGCCGGUGCCGCUCCGGCGCCGGCGCCGGCGUCGUCCUCCUACUGGUGCUACAGCUGCGACCGCUUCGUGCGCGCCGCGCCGCACGAGGACUCCGCCGUCGCCUGCCCGGACUGCGGCGGCGGCUUCCUCGAGGAGAUGGGGGCGCCCCCUCCCCGCGCCGCCUACCUCCGCCGCCCGCGGGCGCACCACGCCAACGACCUCCGCCUGCGCCGGACGCGCCGGGCCGCCGCCGCCGCCGCGGCCGGGGACCGCUCGCCGUUCAACCCCGUCAUCGUGCUGCGCCGCUCCCCCGCCGCGGUCGGCGGCGGCGACGACGACUCCCUCGCCGCGGCGACUAGCUUCGACCUCUUCUACGACGACGGCGCUGGCUCCGGCCUCCGCCCGCUCCCCGAGACCAUGUCGGACUUUCUCAUGGGAUCCGGCUUCGAGCGCCUCCUCGACCAGCUCACCCAGAUCGAAGCCGGUGGCCUCGCCCGGGCAAGGGAGAACCCGCCGGCCUCCAAGGCCGCCGUCGAGUCCAUGCCCACCGUCACCAUCGCCGCCUCCCACGUCGGCGCCGACUCCCACUGCGCCGUCUGCAAGGAGCCCUUCGAGCUCGGCGUGGAGGCCAGGGAGAUGCCCUGCAGCCACAUCUACCACCAGGACUGCAUCCUCCCAUGGCUCGCGCUCCGGAACUCCUGCCCCGUCUGCCGCCACGAGAUGCCAACCGACGCCGCGCGCCCACGGCCCAGCAAUGCCGGAACAGAGGAAGAGACGGUCGGUCUCACCAUAUGGAGGCUGCCGGGAGGUGGCUUCGCCGUCGGUAGGUUCGCUGGAGGGAGGAGGCCCGAGGAGAGGGAGCUUCCUGUUGUGUACACUGAGAUGGAUGGUGGCUUCAACAACGGUGGUGCGCCGAGGAGGAUCUCCUGGGGUUCAAGGCAGAGCCGAUCAACGGAGAGGAGUGCCAUUAGGCGCAUCUUCCGCAAUAUGUUCGCCUGCUUUGGUCGCAGCCAUUUGUCGAAUUCGCAGGCCUCCUCUUCGCAUUCGAGGCCGGAGUUGAAUGAGGCAUCUGACCGGAGCGCCACGUUCAGCCAUGGUUCAAGAAGCCGGAGCACGAGCUGGAGGCUGGAAGAUGGCCACGCUGACGCCAUGGUGCAAAGAUAGGCCUCAACUGAAGAACGAAAAGUCGUUGAUUGUUUCCGUUUCGCGAAUAUGUAUUUAGAAGAACAAAAGUUUGUAGCAGUAACAGAAAUGAGAAUUGGUGUUGUACAUAGGAGCAGCAUCACCUCUAUUAGAUGAUAAUUUGCAGGGAAGAAGAUGUUCACGACGGUGAUUCUGAAACGAGCAUUUGUUAUUUAGAGCUGUGAAUUGCUCAGCUGGUAGCAA